AUGACGUCGCCUGCGAGCCCUGCCCCGGUCCUGCUGUUCGGCAUAGGUGGCGCAACUUCCUCGGGCAAGUCGACACUAGCUGCGCAUCUGAGCUCUCUGCUCAACCAUGCAUACGAACAGCAAAUCCUCGUCGAUGGGACGCUUGGACGUGAUGGUGGCGAAGCUCGAGUGCAGGUAGUGGGGCAGGACGACUUUGCUCUUCCCGAAGAGCAACUGAGGUACGAUGAGAGAAUCGACGGCAAGGACUGGGACGAUCCCGAUCAGUGUGUGAGUUGGCGCAGAGCGGGCGAGAUUGCGGCUACACAGCGCGCAGAAAUCGAGGCGCUGACGCAAGCUCGAAUCACGCAAACAUACAUGUGUGCUCCACCAACUCGCUCCCUGCCACCGUUCCGAACGUGUCUCAGAUCGACUAUGCCCGAUUUGCAACGGCUCUGGAACAAAUUAAAUCGGGCGGCACACCUCCCGUCUCACCCAAAGAGGUGUCAACAUUGCCUGAAGUGACAACCUCGAUGUCCUCCUCUUCUUCUCAAACCGUACAGCGCAUUCUAGAGCUCUUGCAGCGCUUGAGCAAUCCAAAGAUCUUUUUGGUGGAUGGAUUCUUGUUGUACUACGAUUCGCGCGUGACUAGCACGCUGGAUGUGAGACUGUUCUUGAGGGCUUCGGAAGAGGAUGUGAGGAGUAGACGAGAGGGGAGGGUGUAUCACACAGCAGGUGAGCGCUUGUUGAGUGACAUUUGCAUCUCAAACGCCAGCACUGAUCAUGCGCUUUGUCCUCACCACGCUCACUCGAGUAGAAGGCACAACGUGGAGCGUGAGUGGCUGUCCUUGUCAGCCAUUCUUAUCAUUUCGCCCUGCGCUCAUCCUGCCCUCGUUGUCUUUGUCUCUUAGGACCCGCCAAACUACUUUGACCUGAUUCUUUGGCCAUCUUACGUCAAAGCGCACCAGAAUCUGUUCGAGCAGAGAGACGUCGAGCGAGGGGCGCUGGUCAAAGCUUCGCCUGAUGCCUCAGAGAAUCAGUCAGGCGGUCCAGUGAGCGGCUUACGACUGCUCGAGACAAGACACCAAAGCUUGGAAGAUGUGGUGCAGAAUGCGUGCCAGCUCAUCCUAGAGGAGCUGCAAGAGAUUGCCGCCAAGCAGUCUUGUUCGAGGUAG